UAGGGGUUUAACGGAAGCGGUGAUAUCCACGUGUGUGUGUGUGUGUGUGCGGGGUAGGGUAAGGUACGCGGUAUUUUUUGUUUGUUUCAUAAUAACCUGUGAAGUUAGCGACGUUGCGGUUGCAGCUUGGCCACAAUGUUUCUGCAGUACUACAUCAAUGAACAAGGAGAGAGAGUCUACACUCUCAAGAAAAUGGAUCCGUCCGGCCAGCCAACAUGUUCAGCCCACCCUGCCCGCUUCUCACCUGAUGACAAAUAUUCUCGACACAGGAUCACUAUCAAGAAACGUUUUGGUGUCCUGAUGACCCAGCAGCCUCGGCCUGUGGUUUAAAUAUGCUUCCAUCCUGCUCCCAAGUUACAAAGGUGGCAAGAUAAGCUUUGAGAGCAGCUUUGAAGAAGAAGAUGAAGAAUACCUGAUGAUCUGCAUUCUGCCGUCCACAUUGUUGUCUUACUUUGCUGAUGUUUUUCAAACUUGACUUAAUGCCCUGUGUGUUUUGUGCACGAGGAAUUAUGACACCCUGCAAGCAAGACAAAAUUACUUUAUUCAUGUUUUUCCUGGCCAUGUAAUUCUGGAAAUAAAGUGUCAACCCAUAAAACAU